GCUUCGCGUUUGUCUACAUGGAUGAUGAGCGCGACGGUGAUGAUGCCAUCCGGGCUUUGGACGGUAUGGAGUUCGGUAGGCAGCGCCGACGCCUUCGCGUUGAAUGGGCAAGGGGGGAAGGUCCUGUGAAGCAAAGGGAGGUAGAGCGUAGGAACUCCAAGCCUUCGAAAACUCUAUUCGUUGUGAAUUUUGACCCCAUCAAUACCCGAACACGGGACUUGGAGAGGCAUUUCGAACCAUAUGGCAAACUGGUUCGGGUCCAGAUUCGCAAGAACUUUGCGUUUGUGCAAUAUGAGACGAUUGAGGAGGCUGAAGCAGCGGUUAAAGGAACUGAUGGAAGCUCGGUUGAUGGUCGUCAAAUUACUGUAGAAUUUGCUGCCAGAGAGGACAGCUUUGACGAUGACAGGACUGCGCGCCGUGGCAGCCCUGACUAUGGCAGGCGCAGGGGCAGCCCAGAGUAUGGGCGCUAUGGAAG